AUGAAGGAUUUAUAUUCCCUUUAUGAAGAUAUAAGUGAAAAUGAUAAAAUUAUUAUUUCAGAAAAGUUAAAAAAUCUACUGAACUAUUUUCAAGACAAAAAUAAAUCUUAUGUUUCCGAAUUUGUGGUUGUAAGUAGAACAAGAUUUUUUAAAUCUAUCAGCAACUAUGGAGAAUUUUUACUGUUGCAAUCUUCUUCGCGUGUAAUAAGUAGUUAUGAACAUAUCUUAAGGUUAUUACACCAAGCAAAGGUGUAUUUAGAAUUUGUUCGAUGCUUAAAACUAAACAACUGUUCCGUAAUUGAUAAUGAAAAAUAUGAAGAAGAAAUAUCAAAAUUCAUUAAUUAUUUAGAGUCCAAAAGAAAAAAAUAUUACUAUCACAUAUGCCAAAUACUUAUAAAAUUUAUUGUAAGUUCGCUUAGUGAUAACACUAUAGAUAACAAAUUCAUGGAAAAGGAAUUUGACAUAGAAGAAGAUAAUAUAGAUGGAUACGAAAAGAAUGUAAAUGAUAUUGAGAUCAAAAAUGAGGAAUAUAAUACUUCAUAUGAAAGUCAAAGGGUUAAAGAUAAUAAUAAUAGUAAUUAUAAUAAUAAUGUGAAUAUUUGGACUAUAAAUGAUAAUGAUGAAAAAAUUGUUAUGGAACCAUUUGAUGAACUCGAGGAAUAUGGAAAUUAUUUAUAUAACGUUUUAAAUCAAAUGGAUAAUAAAUCAUGGAAAGAUAAAAACCAUGCAGAAUAUUUAAAAGUUAUUAGUCUAAAUGAUGCAAUAAUUAAAGAAGACAAUGACAAAAAUAAAAAUUCUGAAAAUAAUAAUGGUUUAACUAAUACGUCUAAUAUAACAAAUAAUAUGAUUCUAUUACCAAAAUAUUUAGAGAAUGUAAGAAAUUGUAUAUAUAAUCAUCAAACCAAAUCUAUGCUAGAAGUGAAAUCGAUGAUUGAACAUGCAAUGAGUGAUAAUAUAAAAGCUCCACUAUUCAAAACAGGCAAAAUAGUUAGCGAAAUGUUACCUUCUCCCAAUUAUGAAAAAUAUUGGUCUACCACACAACCAGAGUUUUCAAAUAAAAUUGACACAUCACUUGUACAAAAUAUGAUAUUCAAGUUUUUUAAUUUACAGAAAAAUACAACACCAGUUGAUAAUAUGACACCUACAAAUUAUAAUAUAAAAUUUUAUGAUAUUUUUAAAAUUAUUUUAAAAGGCAUAUAUUCUAUAAAAUGUGAAAAUGAAGAAACACAUAUCUUUCUUAAUCAGUUAUUGAAUAAAACCAAGAAAAAAAAAUACCCAUUUAACUAUAAUAACCAACUAUUAGAUAAGAAUGUAAAAACAGAUGAUUUAUAUAACUAUUUAUUAUUACCUUUACAUUUGUAUAAUAAUACGCAUGAAAUAUGUGAAGGAAUAUUAAAAUACACCAUAUACAAUAACGAUUUGGUAUUAACACUCAAAAUAGUAGAUACCUUUUUAACAAUAUCUGUGUAUGAAAAUUCCUUGAAAGAUUUAGUCCAUUUGUUAAAUACACUGGCAGAAUGUAUAAUUCUACCAUACUUAAGAACUGAAAUAAAAGAAAAUAUUAAGCAUGACACGGGUGAUAAAGACAUUUACAGGACAGGAACGUUAUGUAAAAAUUUUGAAACAGAAUUGACGAAUGAAUUUAACAAAAUCAGUGAUGAUAACAAUAAUAAUAAUAAUAUUGGAAUUAUAGAUACUAAUAAAAGUAGAGAUAAUAUAAACCAAAACACCAACACCAAUAAUAAUAAUAAUAAUAAUAAUAAUAAUGAUGGUGAUCGUUUCGAUGAUGAUCAAUUUUUUGAUAACUUUUCCAAUUUACAUAAAUUAAUUUGUAAAAUUCCUUUGCAUGAAUAUGAGUCUCUAAAACUUUUAGAACUAUUUUCACUACAAUAUCCAAUGUUUUUAAAAAUUCAGAACAAACCUCAAAGGUGCUUAAAAGAUAUUUCCAAGCCUUGUGAAUACUAUAGUAAUACGCUUCCAAUAUAUGGUUCUUAUAUUUUUCAAAUUGUAGUCUCUUUUGAAAUUGAUAAUUCCAUAAAAGUUUUAGAUGAACUUGGAUCAAAGUGUAAAAUUUGUUUUCAGCUAACUAAUGAUAAUAUGAACGAUGAAAAUAGUACAGAUAUAACUGUCAGUGAUGAUAAUUCAAAUAUACCGAAUAAAGAGUACAAUUUCUUAGAAAUAAAUUUUCAGCAAAAUCAUAUGUAUACAAAAUAUAAUAAAUCUUCUGUAAAGGAAGAAGAUGAAAUAGAAAAAAGUAUGAAAGCAAAAUCAAGUACAAAAAGUAAUGACGAAACAAAUAAAGCAAACAACAACAAAAAUAACAACAACAACAACAAAAAUAACAACAACAACAACAAAAAUAACAACAACAACAACAAAAAUAACAACAACAACAACAAAAAUAGCAACAAUAAUAAUAAUAAUAAUAAUGAUACCUUUGAAGAAUACGAAAAGAAUAAUAAGAAGAAAAAGAAAAAUGUACAAGUUAACAAACUUAUAAAUGUAUACGACAUAACAAAUAUGAAUACUAUCGUAUUUGAUAUUUUGAUAGAUCAAGGUUGCUUUAGCAGUGAAACAAAUGUAAACAAUGUAACAAAUGAUAAUGGUAAAAUAGUUAUAUAUUCAAAUGGAAGACAUUUAUUAACAUCUAAUAUAAACAAAAAAAUUAUUGGUUUUAAUGAAAAGAAAGGUUUAACAAAUAAUAAUAUUAAAUUAAAAGUAUUUACUUCCCGUACUUGCAGUUUUGAAUUUCCUAAAGAAUGUUACUGGUCUUCAGCAUUUGUACAAGAGUUAGUAAAUAGAAAACUAAUUCCAGAAACGAAUCAAAAUUUUCUACUUAAGAAUCCUAUUAAUAUAAUAGAACUUUACAAUAAAGUGUCUAUUGCAUUAAACCGUUAUUUAUAUCGUUUUUGUGAAUGGAAUAAUGGAGAUUAUAAAAGAAUUAUAGAAAAUGAUAGCUGCUAUACUUUAUAUAACAAUAUUGAUAUAAAUACCUUUGAAGCAUUAAUAAAAUAUACAGAGAACAAUAAUAAAAUACUUAAAAAAUUAUAUACCCUAAGCAAAAACUGUGCAUUAGAUAAGGAAAAUUACAUGGAAAAUAAUAAACAUAAUAUAAAUUAUUAUUUUUCCUUAAGUCCAGUCAAAUAUCAUGUUAGAAAAUAUAGAGAAUAUAUAUAUGAAUGGAAUCAAACAUCCGAUUCUCAAAUUUGUGCCUUAAGUAUUUUAAAAUUAUAUCUAAAAAAUAACUUGGAUGUAAAUGACGGUAGAAUAGAACAUAAUGAAAAAUUCUAUUGCUUAUCAGAAAGGUUAAUAAAAUCGUUUUUAAAAAUAAUUAAACUAAAAACUCCGUUUAUUAAUCGAGAAGAUUUUUAUGUAAAUAACAAUUAUGAAAUGGAAGAAUUAGACUUGGACGGAAGUUUAUGGUUGUUAAGAAGAAAUGUUUUUCAAAUACUUUUAGAUGCAGAUAAAAUAAUAAUGAGCAAUAUAUUUAUGAGAAUCAAUAUAGAAACAAUAUUAAAUUUGCUUAAAUUUUUUUCAGAUAAUAAUAGUUUAGAUUCAGAUAUGAUAUUAAAAUUAUUGAAAUCGUUGGAAGAAAAAGGAAUUUUGGAAAUCAUGAUGAAACGAAUGUUAAGUACUCCAUGUAAAGAUGGUACACAAUAUAAUAAUUCCAAUUAUAAUGAUAAUUCGCAUUAUACACAUAAUUCCUUGAAAUCACAAAAUAUAAGUUCAAGCACUUAUUCAUCUUCUUCCUCAAGCUCGAAUUUGUAUAAUACUAAUGCGGAAAAUUUCAACGAUAUAUAUACAAAUAAUAAUGGAGAGGAAAAACGAAAGAAAAGGAAAUAUUAUGAAGAAAAUAUGCAUGAAAUUCAAAGAUAUGAAAAACGAAAACGAAAUAACAAAUCAAGAAUAAUUGAUACAACACAUUUUGGUGUUUUUGUAGAAGAAUUAAUGACCUUAAUAGAACACCAGACAAAUAAUGCAAUUAAUACACCUGUUGUAAAUCAUAUAGAAGAGAGUGACGUUUUCAUGGAAAAUAAAGCAUGUGAUGUGAUUCAUAAAUUAUGUUCCUUUUAUAAUGAUGAAAUUAAAAGUGAAGUCUUUCUUCGAAAUUAUAAUCAUUUUAAUCUUUGUAUAAAAAUAUUAAAUGAAAUAAAAAAAAAGAAUAAUCAUGUAAGUAGCGCAAGUGAAGUUGCAUCUAUAUUUCUAAGAGGCGUAGUUUUGAUGCUUACUACUUAUAUAUUAACUAUAGCAACUGAAUAUGAAUCUACCAAAACGUUUUUAUACAAACCAGUUAUACCUUUUUACAAUUUGCAUAAUGAAAUGUUAAAGAAAAAAAAAGACAUUCAUGUGUAUCAUGGAGAAGAAAUCAAACAAAUGAUAAGUAUGAAUAGCAAGAGUAUGAAAGAUAGAUAUAAUAACCAGUUUAAUCAAUAUGGUUCAAAUAAUAAAUCUUCCAACUUAACUAAUCAAAAUAUCGAUAUAUUAAAAUGUGAUAUGGAGGAUGUUAGCAGUUGUAAUAGCAGAUAUUCAAGCUUUAUUAAUCAAAAUUGGGAAUUAGAAUAUAAUAAAAAAAUAAAAAAAAAUAAUUCAAUAAGUAAUAAUGAAUAUAACAAAAAAGGAGAUGUUGAAAGUAGAGACCACGCAAAUUCUUGGAUCCCAUUAAUUUCUAAUCAAAACGAUGGUUCUAUAGAUGGUGUAAUUAUCCAUUCAGAUGAUUCUAGUUCUCAAUCAUUCUUAGUAAGUAAAAGGAAAGUAUAUACGUUUGGUCGAAAAAGUUUCGAAAGUGUAAAUAUGUAUGUUGACGAUAAUGAGGAAGAUGAAGGAGAAGAGGAUAAGAGCGAGGAUUAUGAAUAUUGUGAUGAUGAACAACAAAAUGAUGUAUAUGAAGAUACAGAAGAAGAAAGUGAUAACUAUCAUAUGAGAAAAGAAAGACGUGUACAUCAAAAAAAAAAAAAUUCAAAAGUAUCAAUUAACAAAAAGACGAAUAAUAGUUUAAGUGAUGAUAAUAAUUAUAGCUCUGAUGAAUUAGAAGAAUUUUAUCUAAGAAAAAAUUUAUUAGAUUUAUGUGACAAUAAUAAUAAUAAUAAUAAUAAUGAUGAACCAAAUAAUUUUAAAAGUCAGUUGAACGAAAUUUUAUAUAAACUUUCGAAGAAGAAAAAAUAUGCAAGAAACUCUAAAAAGUUAAAACUUUUGAAGAAAAAAAUAAUAAAAUAUAAAAAUGUUUCCAAAAAACUAAAUUUCAUUUUUUCCCUUUUGGAGGAAAUAUUAAAAAUUAUGUUAAGUGUUGGUUUGAGAGUAUUAUCUAGUAUAUCAUAUCAUUACUUAUAUGAGAAGAAUGGUAUAUAUAAGUUUAUUAAUAUAUUUGGAUCGAAUAUAAUAAGAAGUAAUUUGAGGGAUAAAGGUUCUUUUCUUGAAUUGUGUGAGAAUAUGAUAAAACCUAAAUGUUUAACUUUAUUACAAGCGUGCACCUUUAUUAUAAGUGGAAUAAUACCUUGUUUAGGUUACGUGACUACACUUUUUGUUGAUAAAAAAGCAAACAAAUAUUUUUACAUAAAAGAGUUGAAUAAUUAUUUGUCUUUAAAAAUGGCUUUAAAUAUAUGGCCUAUGUUUUUAAAGAUAACUUUACAAGGUUUAUUAACAUCUAGACACUUAUCAUCUGAAAUGUCUGUACACAAGGACAAUUUACAUCCGAUAGCAGAAUGUUGUAUUAGUAUCACUAGUUUAGCAACUCAUUUUUUGACCUUAUUUACUAUAAUGAUUGAUAAUUUAAGUAGGUAUGAAAUUUAUUUCAACCUUAAAAAAGGAAUGAACACAUUAGGUAAUAAUUAUCCAAUACCUUUAAUUUUAAUAAAUUCUGCAAAAUAUAUUCGUAUAGAAUCUAAAAAAAAUAAAUAUUACGAUAUAGAGAAGGCCAUCAGAACUAUAUUAUUGCAAUUAACUGAUUGUUCUGUAUGUGAUUAUGAAAAUUAUGUGUUUAACCAUUACAUGGUUCCUCAAAGUAUUUCGAGUUUUUUAUAUGCCACCAGAAUGAACAAUGACAGUAAUUUGGAAAAUGAACACUCAUCGAAUAAUAUAAAUGCUCACGAAACAGAUUAUCAUGAUAUUAGUAUAAAUAAAAAUAAAGCAUUGGGAAAUGAAAUGGUAAAAACGUAUCAGUCAAUGUAUGAAGAUGAUUAUGAACAGGAAAGGAUUGGUAUCCGAAGUCGUUCUAGAAGGGGUAUACCUCUAAAGAAGAAAUCUGAAAGGAAUAAUAGUAAAGAAGAAAAUGUCAACAAUAUGGACCAUAAUAAUAAUAAUAAUAGUAAUAGUAAUAAUAAUAAUUUCUUUCAUAGAGGUAGUUAUAGUACAAAUCCUCGUAAUAACAACAUUACGUGCGAUAGAAAAAAUAUGGAAUUUCUCAAAAAGUUAAUGAAAAAUGAUCAUGAUGCGGUGCAAUGCUUAGGAAAAGCUUAUAGUGUAUUUCAUAAAAAUUUUGAGAGAGCGCAAAUAGCCUUUGUCGCUGUCUUUUUACAUCUAACUGGUUAUAAGCAUGGCCAAAUAAAAGGACCACAUCAAAAUUACAAUAGUGCGAAAAAUAACAAUGAUAAUAAAAAUGACCAUAUAAUAAUAGAAGAUUCAUUAGAGAACAAAAAAAUUAAAAUAGCGUGCAAUUUAGCAAGACAAGGUGUUAUAGAUCUUAUAUCAAAAAGUCAGGCAUCACAAUAUCAUAAAAAAAGUAUAGAAGAAUAUAAUACAUCUUCCAAAAAUAAAAAAUGCAAGGAAGAAAUACAAGAACAAAUGAGUAUGGAACAUUUUGAAGGAAAUAAUAAAAGGAUGAAUAAUGUGAAGAGUGGUUCUCAUAAUGAUUUCAAAAAUUUAGUAAGGGAAAGUCAUCAAAAUAUAAAUGAAAUUGAUCCUGAUGAUAAUAAUAAAAGUAACGUUUACAGUAGUAUUGAACAAGUAAAUGAUUUGCCUUUAAAUAAAAAAAAAUCACCAAUUUUACACUUGUCAUCAGAUUUAGAUGAAAAAAACGACUUGAAUUUCUGUAAUUUUAGCAAAGAAGAAUUAAAUUAUGUAAAUGAUGUACACCCAAAUGGGGAAAAAUCGAGCCACAAUAAUAAAAGUAACGAAUUCUUAGCAAUGGAUUCAAUUCAAAAAAAGAGGGAAAAACAAAUUGAAAAAAUUUUACAAAAAUGUGAAUGGAUUAUAAACACAUAUCCUUUUGGAUUAUGUCCAGUUUCCGUAAAAGAAAAUAUAUCUCAGGAAUGGGAUGAACAUUUUGUUUUUAUGAGAAGAAACUCCUAUGACAUUCCUAUAACCGUUAGAAAAAUGUAUUCAGAUCGUAGCAAUUAUCAAAUGCUUCAUGAAGUUGCUACUAUGCCAGCAGUUGCAGUAGAGCCAAGUGUAUCUUCUUUGAGUUAUUUGGAUCAAUUAUUUAGUCAUCAAAAUAAAAUAAAUGAUGAUAAAUUAGAAUGUAUACAAUUUAGUACGGAAAAUAUUUUUGGUAAGAGUACCACUAAAAAUUUGUUCCUUUUAAAAAAAUUAUUAAAAACGUAUAAACGAAAUGUAUGUAUAAGGGAGCCAUCUAAUCAAUUAGAUACCAAUAAAUAUGAUAAAAUCUGUCUUGAGAAUAAUAAACAAUUUCAUACAUAUAUAUGUAAUAAUAAAAAUGUGAACUUUUCCAAUAGUUGUGCUAGUUGUGAUAGUGGUGAAGGGAAUUAUUAUAAUGAUGAAUCUAAUUAUUAUAUGAAUUUCCAUUUUUCUGAAAAAAAUAAUGAUCACCUUUCAAAUAACUCUUUAGUAUUAAAAUACAAUAAUUUGUGUAAAACAAAUAAUCUUGAAAAAUUUGGAGAAUUGUGGUUAAAUGCUCGAUCAACUAAAAAUUAUGUAUAUCAUAAUGAUCAAGAUGUACAACAUAUAGAUGAAUUUAAUUCUAAUUUAAUGAAUUACAAACCAGAAUGUUUCCUCUUUUCACUGAAAUCGGUUGAUGAAAAUGAUUAUAUAAUGAGGAAUGAAAAUAUGAACAAUGUCAAAUGGGAUCCAACGGGAAGUCAUAUUACAAAGUAUACCAAUUCCAUGUUUGAUUAUUAUGAUAAUGCAUCUGAUAUGAAUUUAUCGGAGUUACAUGGAAAAUUUAAUGCAUUUUACAAACCUCAGAAAAUAAUACGCUCAAUGAAUAAACAGGAGUUUUUACCAGCAUUAUAUCAAGAAGAAAUGUUAAGAAAUCAACCAUAUCACACUACAGCUAACAAUAAUACUACUAACAUUAUUAAUACUACUAAAAAGAAGAGUUUCCCAUCUUUUGACUAUUUUAGAAAUAAAUAUCUUCCUAAUAAUUCGAUUGAUUUUACAAUAAAUAAUGCAGUUGAUCAUACUAUCGAUUCGAAGGAUAUGUUACAAUUAAAGGAAAUAUUGAAAUUUAUAAUGAAUGACACCGACCUAGAAACGGUUUUAAAUAUUAUAAGAAUAGAGCAAUUAACAUCCUUGUGUAGGUAUUUAAUAAGUAGAAGUUUAAAAUCGAUGUUGUGUGCCGGAAUUUUCGGAGGAAUUAAAAACCCCAUAGUAAACAUGAGCAAAAAAAAUCUGAGCUCGAACAAGCGUUCACAAAAGGGAUAUAACUCCAAUUCGGAUGAUAUUAAAAAAAAGAAAAAAAGCAAUUGUAACGAGAAUGAAGGGAGUUUGGAUAAAUAUAAUGAUAAAGAAAAGAAAAAUGAUAAAAUAAAUAAUGGUGAUACAAAAAAUAGUGAUGACGGAAAAAUAGAUAUGGAUGAUAAAAAAUAUUAUAAUGAUGAUCUAAAAAAUAGUGAUUAUUCAAAAAAUAAUGAAAGUAAUUAUCUUAGUUUAUCUAAAGAACCAGAUGAUAUGUUGUUGCCUUCCCCAAAUUAUGAAAAAGGUAUUUCAACUUGUGUAAAAAAAAAUCGUUUUUCUGUUUUAAGUGAGGCUUAUAAAGAAGAGAAUUUAUUAGUAAAUCAACGUAAAUAUAAAAAUUUGGAUUUAAACCAAAAGAUUUUUAAAAACGAUAAAAGAAAGAAGGGUAUAUUCGAGCAAUGGAGACAAAAAUCAACUAAAAGUAUGCAAUGGCCUGUGAUAUUAGAUUUGUUGGUUCCAUCAUUUAGCAGAGGAUCAUAUAACGAGUGUAAUAGAAUGAUAUCUAAUAUGGAAUCAUCUUUAUUUUCAGUGCAAAAUUAUGGAUGGAUGUUAUUAAAAUUGUUACAUAUAAUUAUUAUCAAAUUCCGAAGUCUAACACCAUUGAAAACUAUAAUGAGAGAAAUAGAUGAAAAAAAUAGAAAUAGUAAUAAUAAUAAUAAUAAUAAUAAUACCAAUAAUAGCAAUAAUAGCAAUAAUAAUAAUAAUAUCAAUUCUCAUUAUAUGAAUCAGUGGAAUGGUUCUAAUAUUAAGGAUCCAUUUGAAUAUCAUUACUGGUUCACACAACCCAUGGAAUAUGCUCUUUCAUUUACUUUAACGGAUAUUACUAAAAGUAUAUGUAUAUGGUAUUUAAGAUAUAACCGUAAAUUAAUAAUGAAUUCGUCUAGUUUUUCAGAAAUUAUCAAAAAUUCAAUGAAUACUUUAUGGAUAGAAAGUGUUUUACGAUUAAUAGCUUUACAAAUAUGUUUAGGAGUAAAACCAUUAAACGAUAGUCGAUAUGUGGUUCCAUUUUUGUACCACAUGUUUACUAUUUGUCAACCUUUGCUUCGAGAAGUUCAUAUUAGUGGUGACUAUUUGAAGAAAAAACUUCUCGUAGGAAAUAAAAUAUUAUAUUAUUCGAAUAAGAAUAAUUCCUUUUUACAGGUGAAAUGUUCAUAUUGUCAUAAAUCUGUUUGUAUGUCUUCUAGAAAAAUGAGUUCUAAGAUGUCUCCAAUGGAAACACCUUUGAAGAGUAUAAGGAAGGGCAAUUCAUCUGAAGUGUCUUCGAAAAUAUCCUAUUUAAAUGGUCACACUUAUAGUAAUAAUGACAAUCGUGAUAAUUAUGAUGAUGAUAAUUGUGAUAAUUACGAUAAUUAUGAUAAUGAUAAUGAGAAUGAUAAUUGUGAUAAUUCCAAAAAUGACAGGGGUGUUAAAGGAUAUAUACACUCAGAACGAGUACAAAAGAAACAGAAAAAAAUAAAACACAAAAUUAUUAAAAUGAAAAUGUAUAACCUUUCUGAACAAGAACACGAAGAAAUAUUAGAUAAUGUCAUUACAGGAAUUAUUAUUUAUCAUCAAACUCUACAAAAUAAUAAUCAGCACAUUAACAAAAUGAUUAUUUUACAAAACUUGAAAGGUUUUAAAAUCAAAGAAGAAUAUUACACAAAUGAAAACCAUUAUUGGGCUUUAUGUGUCCAACAAUAUAAAAAUUCCCCCUUAUAUACAUUACCAUUGAAAAAUCUUAAUAAAUGUAUAAAACACAAUAACAGAAAUAUUUUUCAAACGACAAAAAUGAACGAAUCAGAUGAUACCUCUUGUUAUUAUUGGUCUGUAAGCGGUGAUCCAGUAUAUAAUAUUUAUGGAAAUGCUAAAUCGAUAUCAGACGUACAAUUAGAAAUAUGUGCUCAUAAAAAGUACGAUUCAAAUGUACGAUCUUAUCUCAAAAAAAAUAACUUUGAAUUAGAAUUUUCCAUAAAUACUCAUAUGAAUGAUGUAGUAAAUAUUUGGAUUAAAAGAAAGUCAAUUAUAAUAAAUAAAGAGUUGAUAGAAAUUACCGAUCAUCAUUCAAUCCCACUUUUCUCAAAGGGGAAACAAAAGAAAGAGAUGCAAGAAAAUGAAGAUGAAAAAAUAAAGAAUAAAGGAAAAAAUAAAACCAAAACGAAUGAUGAUAAAAAGAAAAAUAGUAGUAUUAAUAAUAACAACGAUUGUUAUGAUAUAAAUUAUAAAUACGAUACUUAUAACCAUGAGGAAAAUGAUGGUAGUCAUAAGGAAGAAAAUAAAAAAUACUCAAAUGAAAACGAAAACGUGGAAUAUUUAUCAGAACAUUUUUGCGAUUGCAUGAAAGUGUACACAGAUCAGGAUUAUUCCAAUGAGGAUUAUAGUAAUGACUAUAAUUAUAAUUGUGAUAAUUAUAAAAAUAUGUAUUCAGAUGAUAAAAAAAAUAGGGAUCUUUACGAUCAUGGCGACAAUAAUUUGAAUUAUAAAAAAUUAAAAUUAAUUAGCUGGAAUUUAAUACAAACAAUUCUUUGGGGAAUAUUAGUUUCUGGAGAAAAUGUGCAAAUGGAAAAUUCGGAUCAAGUUAUAUCUGAAAGUACUACUAAAUAUAUCAAAAAGAAAAUAUGUAACAUACAAGAUGAAAUAGAUGUAAAUGGAAAUAAUCAUAAUGAUUAUAAGGAUUAUAAAUAUGCGUUUUAUAAACUUCAAAGAAAAAGUUUAAUUGAAUCUGUAUUAAAAAUGAUUAUGUCUGUUUUAAUAAAAUUAUGUAAUAUUGUAAAAUUAUAUAAUGAUUUAACUAAAAAUAAAAAGGGCUCUUUUUACAUUUGUAUUAAUAAUACAAAAAUUAGUAUGAAACAAGUAAAAGAUUGUGAAAGAAUGAUAACAGAUUUUAUGUAUGCAUUAAUAAAAUGUGUACAAAAUUCAUCUACGGCUGCUGUUACUCUUCUUAGAUGUUUCUUAUUUGGUCAAGAUAAUCCUACUUAUCGUUUUAGAAAAUUAAAUAAAAUACAAAUCAAUUGCAAAUUUUAUAGGCUGAUUACUGAAUGUAUAAAAAAAGCUCCUAGUGACGCAGAUGAUAUAAGUAUUUUUUUUAAUACAUAUUUAGAUAAAAAAAAAACAUUGAUGAAUAAUGAUAAUGAUAAAAUAAAUACCAAAACAACCAAGAAAACAAAAAAAGAAAAAACGACGAAAUGUUAUAAGAAUGAAAUGUAUGAUGAAAAAGCAACGAUGGAGAAUAAUAAAAAAAAUAAUAUGGGUGACCUGAAAUGGAAUGAAGGAGAAGCUCCGGCACAUCCAUCAAAGGAUAAAUCGAAACAUUAUAAUGAUAAUAAUAAUAAUAAUAAUGAUGAUAAUAAUAGUAACAAUAAUAAUGAUUAUAAUAAUAAAGACCAUAUCAAUUAUCCUGAUGAUUAUGUUUAUAAUAAUAGAUGUAUUAAGUAUAAAGGAAUGGAUUUGAAAAUGUCCAAUUUUUUCUUCAAAUAUUAUGAUACUAAUAUGAAAAAGAAUUACAAUGAAAGCAAGAUUCAUGGAUUCUUCUUAUUAAGAUGUUUGCCUCCAAUAAAAAUGUUUCCCAAACAAUUGGUUAUUCAAGAAACUCAAAAAUUGUUUCAGAAUGAAAAUAAUUUUCUAUUUAACUCUAAAAAGGACGGGUCCUCUAAUAAUGACAAAAAUGACAAUUCAAAUAAAAAUAGGAAUAAUUAUAAUAAUAAUGAUGAUAAUAAUAAUAAUGAUGAUAAUAAUAACAAUAAUGAUGAUAAUGAUGAUAAUGAUAAUAUUAAUAAUAAUUAUAACAAUAAUAAUAAUAAUAAUAAUAGGAAUAACAGUAAUAGUAAUAAUAGCAAUAAUAGUGAUAAUAAUAAUAUUAAUUAUUAUUAUAACAAUACUGAUUACCAGAUAGGUGAACAUAAUAAUAUGCAAAUACAUUCAAGUUCUAAAGAAAAUACAUUAUAUCCUGAUGAUCACCAAAAUGUGGAUAUAAGUACCACAACCAAUGAAGGAAAUUCUCAAUGUAAUAGCAUAAAUAAUAUCUUAGGAUUAAUACCUAGAAUAUCAUAUAGAAAUCAUCCAUUUGAUGAUUUACCUCAAUCUGAAUUUUUCAUGUCUAGUCGACCUUCAGACGAUUUUGAAGCUCACAUGGAAGGUCGUGUUUUGAGAGUAUUGAGAGGAUUAAAUUUAGGAGGUGUAGUUUUAUGUCUAGCACCGUUGACCUUCCCAGCUUUACAUGUUGGGCCUAAUGAAGUAAAUGAUAUAAUUAAUUUCCGUAUACAAACAAGAGGUCGUUUUGGUGUAACGGUAGCUCCAGCUGAAUGUGUUCUAUCUAACGUGUCUGAAGUAUUUGAUAGAAAUGAUGUGGUUGGAUUUAGAACGAAUAUGUGUCCUCCAUUUAGGCAUGAUGUAUUUGCAGCAAAUGUACAAUAUGAAUUAGGUGAUUUGCUAAGUGUAAAAUUUAAUGUAGAAGAUCAACAAAAUCAAAAAUGCUUAAGAACGGAACUCAUGGUUUCCGGAGUAAGUAUUGGAUCUGUGUUAGAAGUAUUAUUUGAAGCUGAUUCUCAAAUUGAAUUUGAGAGGAGAAUGAAUUUGAUAUUUAUUUUCCAAGACCCUUUAACUAUUGUAUAUGAAGGUCCAACAUUUACUAUGCAAUAUGUAGAUCCAAAUAAGAAUAAUGCAAAUAAUUUUAGGAAUGAUAAGAAAAAUGCAGAUGAAGAAUUCUUAAAUGAAUUAUAUUCCUUAUCAGGAUAUGAUAAGAAAAAUUUUAAAAAAGAAUUACGAAAAAUUAGAAUGAAGAAGAACGAAUUUUACGAAUCGGUUAAACUUUAUCAGUCGAUACUUGAAUCAGAUAAUGAAAUAUUAAAAGAUUUAAAACAUGAAGUUAUCAUAAGAAUGAACACUAGUUUAACAAAUAUUGUAUCUUACUUUAAGCAUCUAUCAUCUAAUGGUGUAAUAUUUAAUUCUGAAAAUGAUUAUUAUUAUUGGAACGAUACAGAUGAUACACUAUUAAGAAAGAUAACAACGAAAAAAAAAAAAAAGCAUUUAUAUAAUAUGAAUUGUAAUAAUAAAAUGAAUGAGAAAUAUGAAUUAAUAUCAUUAGAUACAUUAUUAUCUAAUGAUGAGAAAAAAAAAAAAAUGAAUAAUAUGAAUAUACUAAAUAAUCCAAACUUCAAAACUAAAGGUGGAAAAAAAAAGAAAAAAAUUAAUAUUCAUUUAAGCAAUGAUAAAGAGGAAGAUAAAGAUGAGGAAGCAAAAUACGUAGAAGGAAUAAAACAGGAAAAGCAUACAUAUUAUGAUUAUAGUAAUAAUUCUUUACUUUAUAAUGAAAAUAAAGAUAAUAGUGUUGAUAAUUAUUAUUCCUUUGGUAAUAAAGAAGAUGGAAAUAGGGAUAUCUUUUCCUAUUCAGAGGAAAAACAUUAUAAUAUUAUUACAUAUGACAAUAGUCAAAUUACUAGUUCGGAUAAGAAUAAUGAUCCCAAUAGAGAAAAAAUACUAGAAAAGAAAAAUUUUCAAGAUGAUUCAAUUAUGAGUAACCGUCAGAGUGAUAAUAAGGAAGAAGGCACUUCGUUCAAUUUAUAUGCAGAUUCUUCUAUUUAUGUAAAUAUGAACAAAAAGUAUAAGAGUCAUGUGGAUAUACAUAAAACCAUUAGAGAAGUAUUAUCUAUUAUAUGUGUAUUAGGAUUAAAUAUAAACGGAGAACCAAAAGAAAAUAAACAAGAAAAAUUUUCGAAUGACACAAAUUAUAUAUUUGAUGAACUUCCAUGGUUAACGAGCUUAUCUGAUUUGAAGAAUUCAGUGACAUAUAAUCUGGAUAGAAAAUGUCUUGAAUUAUUUUUUUGCAAUUUGGUGGACAUUAUAUGUAUGGAUGUAUUUUUAGGGUCUAUCCUAAAUUUUGUUACGCACAACAUUAAUGAAAAUAAUCAAAGGUGUACUAGGGAUAAACAUAAUAUUGUGAGUUUUAAACACAACAAGAAUUAUAAGAAAGUAAUACAGAAAACGAGUGAAUUGGAUUCUGAAUGUUACCCUAAUGAAGAAUAUAAUGAUGAGUUUUUUGAAAAUAGAAAGGGAUCCCCUUAUUUCCCUUCCCGAAGCAAAAAUGGCAAUAUUAAUAGUGAUAGAAGAAAAAAUUAUAAUAUUCAAAAUAGUGAUAAUAGUAACAUUGGCGAUAGUGAACUUAAUGUUAAUGUUAAUGAUAAUGAUAAUAGUAGUUGUGGUAGUAAUAGUAAAGACUCAUUAAAUGUGCACGCUCGUAAUGUUGGCACAGAUAUCAACAGCAGCAGCGAAUCAGGAAAUACAAACAGUAAUAAUGAAAAUUCACUAAGGAAUUCUAUUUUUAUGGAAGAAAAUGAAACGAUUGAAUCUUAUAGGAACAAAACAAAACGUUCCUUAAGCAAAGAUAAAAAUGCUGGUGACUUGUCAAAUGAUAACACAGAGGAAAUAUAUCAUAAUAAUAGAUAUAAAAAAGAAAAAAAUAAAGAUGAAAAGAACAAAAUAAAAAAGAACAAAUCAUAUAAAAACAAAACACAUAAAAAUAAAAAGCAAAAAAAUAAAUCAUCGAAUGCAGACAAAAUGAAUAAAAAUUCAUUAUAUGGAUAUACCUUAUGUUUGAUCGGAACGAAAUCAAUUAUGUGUUGUUGUAUUAUAUUAAGAACAUUAUUAGAGAUGAAUUCAGAUGGGUAUUAUGAACCAAAUGAAAAGAUGUAUGCUUCUUGUAAAAGGUUGUUGAAUUUUAUAAAAUUAUUCUUCUUUAUUGAUAUAGGAAUAAGUGAUGUUUUGAUAAAAUACUUUGCUGAGAAAAAUAAGAUGAUGGAUAUGAAUUUCUUAUUUGACAAAAGGAAACAGACACAAAAUGGAAAUAAUAAUAGUGAAAUUUGUAGCACAUCAUCAUUUCUUAAUAGUUUUGUAAAAAAUACCAAUGGAAAUAAUAAAAAAAAAAAUAAUAAUCAUAAUGAUAAUCAUAUGGAUUGUAUGAACUGGAAAGAGGAAGUAGUCUUUUAUAAUCAAAAGUAUCAUGAUAAUAUGCACACAAAGGAUUUAUUAAAUAAUAAGGAAGAUAAUCAAUCAAGUUAUAUUUCAACAAACGGAAAGAAUAAAGAUACAAAAGAUGCUGUACAAAAUGAAUACAUAAAUAUAUUAGAAAUAGUAAAUUAUUGUGGUAUACCGAAUAACUUUCUUGAAUAUUUUGAUAUAUCUACUCCGACGAUUAAAAAUCAGCAAGUAAUAGCACAAAAUGAUAGUUUUGAUUUAUGGAUAUAUAUUAUGAACCUAUUAAUUUGUUUCAAUAGUCAAAACAAAUAUUCUUUAAGCUUCCCUCAAAGUAUUAACCAACUCAGUGAAAACUCCAUUAAAAAUACACUCUUUGAUCUAGAAUAUUCCAAGUUUUAUUUUUCUAACAAAAUAUUGCGUAAAAGUGUUAAAUUCUAUGCCUCAUGGUUGUUGAAAAAAUAUAUAAUAGAUAUGACAUGUGUUAUGGCUUCAUUGGUUCCAAAACUUUUCAUUGAUGAGUUAAAAACAAAUUUGAUGAAAAUAAAUGAGGGUGUAAGAAGUGGGGAAGAAAUAGAGAACAUGAGAAACGUUCAAAACAAAUAUACAAAUUCACAAGAUUCAGUAAAUUAUAGCAGUGCAAAUACAAAAGAAAUGAAUCAUAAGACAAUAGUACCAAAAUGUUGUUUUGAAAAUGAGAAAACAAAAUUAGAUCAUGUUGUUAAUAAUAAAGAGGGACAUCAAAUGGGUUUUGAUUCAUUUAAUGAUAAGAAGGAUGGGUUGCAUAAUAUACAUCACGCAAAAAGUUGUGAAGAAAAGAACAAUACCAAAAGUAAUAGUUAUAAUAAUUAUAAUAAUUAUGAUAAUUAUAAUAAUAUUAACAAAUAUUCUUGUUAUAAUGAUAAAGAAGAAUAUCAACAUGAAUUGUUAUGCAUCAAUAAUGAUUAUACUCAUCAUAAUAAAACACAAGGAAAUUUUAAUGACAAACUGAUGCAUGCUAAAAAGAAAUAUAAUUCUAAAUAUAGAAAAGUAAACAAAGUAGAACAUAUAGGUCAAUUACUCAAUGCACAUUUAAGAAAUAAAGAAGAAAUAUUAAAUAUCUUUAGUAUUAUGUAUUUGUUUCGAAUAUGUAUAUAUUACCUUGGUAGAAGUAAAGAUUUCCGAAAAGAAGAUUAUUGGCAAAAUUUCCAAGGACAAUUAAGGAAUGCCAAAAUUAAAGAAAAUGUGUACAAACUGCUUAAUGAAAAGAGCUGUAAAUCUUCUUUGCUUUUUGGUUGGCAAAGAAUAUUUUAUCAAUGUGUUGUUUCAUGGGAUGAUGAAAAAUUAGUAGACCAAUUAUUAAUAAUAAUACAAUCAGAAUUGUUAUAUCAUUUAAUUGGAUCUGUUGCUCAGAGCAUGUCACAAAAGCGAGUUAAAGUAGAACAGUUUUAUGCAAUUUCUCCUUCUGUUCAUGUUGCUCAUUGGAUGAUAGAUACUUUUGUUCGACAUCCAUUAUGUCCAUCGAAAAUAAGAUCUUGUUGUAUUACACCUAUGACCGUAACCUCUUUAUUUGGAUUAAUUAUGAAUGGUAAUAGACUUCCGAUAUUUUUAGGAAUCGAUGUAUGUAGAUUAGUGUACUGGUGUUGUGUAGUGUACAUUUUACAGAAUAAUCAAAUGCAUAAGCAUUACAAGAAAUUAAAUAACAUUGAUAUAUUAACUCAGUUGAAUAUAACUAUGGAAGAACCUUUGAAUAAUGAUUUGGAAUAUACUACUUGUGCCAAUCAAAAAAAAAUGAUUACCAAAAAUUAUCAUAAUACAAAAAGUAAUAAGCAGCAUAAUAAUUAUUUCUCCACCAGAGGGAAAAUGCAAAAAGUAAAAUGCAAUUACUACUCUUUCUUAAGUUAUGUAUUCCAUUGUGUAAAUAUAUGUGGUUCGUCAGUUAUUAAUCAAAUAAUAAGUUUUAAUAAUAACGACGUUGGAUACAAAAAUAAUGUUAAUAAAAAUAAAGGCAACGACAAUGUAAGUAAUAACAACAACAAUAAUAAUAAUAAUAUUAAUAUUAAUAGUAGUAGUAAUAAUAAUAAUAAUAAUAGUAGUAGUAAUAAUAAUAAUAAUAAUAGUAGUAAUAAUAAUAAUAAUAGUAGUAAUAAUAAUAAUAAUAGUAGUAGUAGUAAUAAUAAUAAUGUAAGAAAUAGUAAUAAUGAACAUGUAAAUAAUAUAAUUGAUAACUUAAAUAAUAAUAUUAACGAUAUUCUAAACUGCAUUCAGAAUUCCUCCAAUAAUAGAGUACUAAAUAAUCAUUUCAGUGGUAUCAGUAGUGUUAGUAAUGAAACUAUUUACAAUUUAAAUAUAACAAAUAGAAGAAAUAGUCAUAAUAUUUCAUCUAACAAUAUUAAUAAUACAAAUACGUUACAAGAAAAUACAGAAACAAAUAAUACUUCUAAUGUUAACAAUUUAGGUGGUAUAAAUUCUUUAUAUGUAAAUGGAACUAAUGGAAAUCUAAAAACUGAUAAGAUAUUAUUACACAACUUUUCAAACUUUGAUUUGAUGGAGAACAAAGAACCCAGUAUGUAUAAUUCUAUGAAGAUGAAUGCUUCUUUACUAGUACAUUAUUUUGCUUGUGCUGCCUAUUACAUUAAAAGAGCUGAUGUAUAUAAUAUUAUGAAUUAUUAUAACGAGCACACUCAUGCUAAUUUUAAACAAUACUGUUUAUAUUUAUAUGUUGUGGAUCAUGUAUCAAAAAUAUAUUCAAAGCAUAUUAAAAGAAAAAUUAAUUUAAAAAAAAAAGGAGGAAAAAAGGAUGAUCAGCUAAUGACAUCAUCCUUUUUCUCUGACCUUAUGAAAAAGGACCCAAAUGAAAAAUCUCAUAUGUGUUACGAUGAUUACACGAAUAACAAAUAUGACAAUAAUAAUAAUAAAAACAAUUUGGUGAAUAACGAAAACGAAUUAAUCGUAAGGAAAGAUUCCAAAAUUAGCAGCAAAAAUUAUAGUUUUAAUUCAGAUUAUAAACAUGCAGAUAAAACCAAAUGCAGAAAACAUACAUAUGAUGAAUCUUAUAAAGGUCAGUAUCCUGAACUUUUUGUUGACGAUGUACUACAUAUACCAAAAAAACUUUCUGCAAAUAUUAUUAUUAAUAUGAACGAAAAAAUACAUCAUAUAUCAUCUUCUAAUUCCAAUACAAUUAAAAUUAAAAUAAGAGAUAUGUUCGUAUUGCCAAAACAAAAUGAUAAAUCUUUUAUUCACAAAGGAAUUUUUAGUACUCACCAUAAUAAACCAUUCUAUGAUAAGGAAGACAAAUAUAUGUUUGGAGAGAAAAAUAUCGUUGAACACAAAAACAAACAAAAACAAUUAUACGCUGACCAUAGUAAUCAUCAAAACAAAAAACAUUUUACAUAUAAUGAGAACAAAGAUAAGUUUAAUGAUAAAAGUAACUGUAAUCUGAAACAAAAAAUUAACCGUUUAAAUAGCGAGGAAAAUGAAAGAAUCGAAAAGAUUAAUCAGAAAAAUUUUAAACACCCUAAUAUAAUCUUUAGUGCGGAUAAUAGCUUUAAUUACAUUUUGCAUGAAAUAAAAUUUAAGAAAAUACAAGAAUUUGUGUAUCUUAACUCAAAUGUAAUAGAUGAAAAAGUCGAUUUAGAUACUAUAGAAAAGAUUACAUUGGGUUCAUAUAUUGAGUUAACUGAUAUAUAUAAUUUACCUGGAUCCUUUUUCUUAAUAGGUAAUUCAGAAUUAUAUUCAGGUUCCUCUAAUUUAUGUUCAUCAUCUUUUACCAUAAGUUUAAUACUGGUUGAUAAUAAUGCAGAUAAUAUGUCCGAUGGUAAUUUCAACAAUUUCCCAAAUAUUGAAAUUGGUGUUAUAAAUAGAAAAAAAUAUUUUGAAAUAAAACUGGAAGAAGAUCAAAAUGAAGAUGAAGACAAAAUAGAAAUAGAAAUAGAAGAAGAAAAAGAAAAUGAAAAUGAAAAAGAAGUAGAAAAGGAUGAAAAUGUACAUGAUGAAAAAGAUAAAGUAGAACAAAUAGAACAUGAAAAAAAAAAAGAAAAAGAUGAUAAAGAAGCUUGGUUGUUACAUUAUGACGAUGGAAAGGAUACAAAUGUUAAAGUCAAAAAAUUUAGUAAUUGCCGAAUAUCAAAGAAUGAAGAAGAUAAUAUCGCAUAUCGUUUAAGGAAUAAAGAACUGUUAGGUGAAAAAAAUAUUACAUCUAAGAAUAGUAAAUUUUUGUAUGACAAAAACGUUGUAGAUGAAUCUUUAAAGUGCACAAGAAAAAAUGAAGAUGAAUAUGAAGGUACUGAGAAGAGGCAUUCAAGUAAUAUUCCAACAGAUAUCAAUAAAAUAGCUCAUGUCAGUUUAACGAAAUAUAUAAAUAAUGAGAAAAUAGAAAAAAGUAAAACUAGGGGUGGUAAACGUGUUCAGAAUGUGGUUGAAAAAUUAAGAAAUACAUUGAAUGAUAAUAAUAUAAAGGAAGAUAUACUUAAUGAAAACCACAACAAAAAUAAUAUUAAUAUUAAUAGUAAUAUUAAUAGUAAUAAUAAUAUGAUGAGGGGUAAAAUGUUUCACGAAAAUUUAUGUGAUAUAAAUAUGAAGAAUUUGGGUAGCAACUUCUAUCAUAGUAAAUAUGCAGAUCUUAAUAAAACGAAUUAUAUAACCUUAAAUAUUUCUGACGGUAAUGUGAAUUCAAAAGGAUUUGACUGCACUGACAAUAACAUUGAAAAUAUGAAAGAAUUAUUAACAAACAAAAUGUCAGGCAUUUUAAAUAUUACAGUACAGAUAGUUGGGAAAAAAAUAUUAUGGUUUGCAAAUAAUAUAUUAAUUUUUUGUAAAGAUUUUUCAUAUGAAAUGAAAGAGUUUCUGCCAUUCUUAAAAGUUUCUCCUAUAGAAAGUAAAAAAAUCCCUAAAAAUAAUGGCUCCAAUAAACCAUCCGUACACAUGAAAUUUACAGAAAUGAAUGAAAAGACGUUUGUUUCUCCUUUAUCAAACUUUUAUUUUAAGUUUGAAAAUAUGCAUAAGUUGAAAUAUGAAAAUGAUUGUAUAAAUACGAAUAAAUUGUGGAGCAAAUGUUUAUGGAAGCCUGUGUUUUUUAUAUUACCCGAUGUUAAUAAUAAUAGUGACAACAAUGUGGACGUUCCAGGAACAUCAACACAUGACUUGGUCUCUACAAAAAUGAAUACACAUGUAAAUGUGAAUAAUAAUAAUAUGGCGAAUAAUACGAAUGACACGAAUUAUCUAAAUCAUUCUAUAAUAAAAAAAAAAAUGGUACCUUCCAUUAUACCACAAUCAUCCAAUGAAAUAGUUAUAAAAUAUAAUAAAUAUCAUAAUACAUAUGGACAUAUAGAAUAUGAAGACCAAUUCGCAAAUACCUUAUUUGUUAGCCCAAAUAUACAAAUAAAAAGUGAACCCAUAAAUAUUACCUAUUAUAUGUACUGUAAAAAUCUCCAAGGGAAAAAAUGCAAAUUGCUUUGCAUGGAAAAUAUUAAAAAUAUCAGAACUAUAUCAAUUAAAAAUUAUUACGGUUUUAUAAAUUUAUGCAACCAAUACAAACAUAAUGAAAAACCUACAUCUAGUAGUAUGGAACAAAAAAACAGCAACAAUAAUGUGAGCUAUAGUCAUCAUAAUAUGUACCAGGUACAACAAAAACCUUAUUCUAAAAUAUUUGAUACAAGAAAAAAUGUAGAAAGUGAAAAUUCAAAUAACAAGGCAGAUUCGAUUUUGAAGCAACAUUUAAAUAGAAUAAUAAAUAAAAGUGAAGAUUUACGAAUUAAUAAUAAAGGCACUUUGGAUAUAUGCAACAAGUUAUUGUUAUCAAAUGAGUGUAAAACAAAUGAAAAGAAGAAAAAAACUGGAAGUAAUAAUAUAGGAUCGAACACAAAUAUUCAUGAAUUAAGUGAUAAUAAUAGAGGACAACACACCUCGUAUUAUCAUGAACAACUGCUUUCAGAAAGUUUAAGCAAAAAUGUUAUACAUAGUAAUUACAUAAAUGAUUAUUUUACUUUAAACAAUGACAAUAAAAAUAAUACCUCCUCCUCCUCCAACAACAACAACAACAACAAAAACAAUAAUAAUAAUAAUGAUAAUAAUAAUGAUAAUGAUAAUAUUUGUAGUAAUAGUAAUAACAAUGUACAUAUUAAAUACAAAUUAAACCAAAUACCUAAAAUCAGAAAACAUAUUCAUCAUAAUAUAAAAUAUAGCUCUAUACAAGAAAUUAAUGAUAACUCUCACUAUAGCAAUAAGAAUAUUAUCGAAGAAAAGAAACAAAAGGAAAAUUCAAAUGAUAUGCAUAAUCCAAAGAAAAAUGAGGGACAUUAUUAUAUUGCAGAUCCUUCGAACGAAAAAGAAAUAUUAUAUGAUAAUAAAAAUAAUGAGAAUGGUUAUUCUAAUAAUUUCCUUGAUGAUAAUAAUGCACUACAUAAACAUGUACAUAAUAAAAUUACAUUAAAAGGUAGUAAUACAUACUAUGAUAUGGACAAAAUCAAAGAUAAACAAAUUGAAUAUUUCUCAAAUGAUUCGAGUAAUUAUUCUCUGUAUUAUAUAGGGUGUAAAGAAUUUAAAUUAUGUAUUGAUUCAUAUGAUUCAAUAUUUCCAGCAAAACCAUUUAUAUUUAAUUGUACUGUUAAUUUUAAAGAGGAAGAAAAUUAUUAUCACAAAAAAAAUUAUCUUACAAAUUCUGUUGGUAUUAUAUGGGGUAUAUAUCGUUGGUUAUGGAAAAGCAAUGGGAAAUUUAUAUGUCCAUUGAGAUUACCUUUAUGUGUUUCUGAAUUUCCAUCCGAAAAAAUUGAAGAAUGUGAAAUAGAUGUGGUUGGAUAUAAAUCGAAUGAUAAUCUAUGUAUUGAAUUUCAACCCUUAUAUCAAUGUUUAUUAUUUUAUAAGAAUGGAACUUACCAAUUUGGAUUUAAAUUUGAUACCUUUUAUAAUUAUCGAAACUUAAAAAAUACAUUCUUGAGUGAACAUAAUGGAGAUAUGAAUAUGGAUCGAGUCCACCAAAAUAUAUCCAAAUUAUCUUAUUCUAGUAGUAUUAGCAACGCAAAUUUUAAUGAUAACUUUUUUGUAAAAAGGUUUGUACAUAACAAAUAUGAACAAGUAUCAACAGAGAAGAAUGACUUACAAAAGAUGAGUAAAAAGAAAGAUGAUAAGAUUAAUAAUUAUGAUGAUAAUAUGAUGAAUAAUUAUGAUGAUGGUAAUAAUAAUAAUAAUAAUAAUGAUAGUAUGAAUAAUCAUAAGGAUGAUAUGAAUAAUUAUAAUGAUAAUAUAAAUAAUUAUGUUGAAAGUAUGAAUAACUAUGAUGAUAUUAUGAAUAAGGGUCAUGUAGUUACACAAAAUAAUUUAACAUUAAAUUCGGAACACAAUACCAAGGUAAAUAUUUCUAAUUUCUUUCCUUUGUCGAAUAUGUCUUCAGUUUCAAAUAUGUAUACAAUUUCGAAUGAACGAAAAAGUAGUAAUAAAGGAAAUGGAACGAACAAUGUGGUAAAGGCGCGUGUGGAACGACGAGGAAAGUAUAAAGGAAUGAACGGUAUUAAUAUUAAUAAUGAUAAUGAUAGGGAUGAGGAUAAUAAUAAAGAUAAGGAUGAUGGUAAUCAUGAUAAUGUUAAUAAUAUUAAUAGUUUUUAUAAUAAGGAUAGAAUGAUAUCAUAUGAUAAUUUAAAACAAGAAAAACAAAACGAUACUGUUAUGAGAAUUAAAAAUCAUGUAAACAUGAUUAAAUUAUAUAACUGUUUAUUACUAAACGAUUGUGAAAAUGUUUCUUCUAUUUUGAUAAAUAAUCCAGAAUUAUUAACUAAAUCAAAUGAAAACAUGUCUGAAAUAUCUUUUGAGCAUUAUUAUCAAAUGAAUUCAGAUGAUUUCCCCUACGAACUUAUUUCAUCUAUGAAAAAUAUAAUGCAUGAAAAAUAUUUGACCCCCUUGAUGUUAGCCUGUAGAAUUGGAUGUGAAGAAUGUGUACAAAAUAUUAUUGAGAAAGGUAAGGUGAACCCGAACAAAAGUUGUCAUAGAAUAGAAAAGGAGACUCCUUUAAUGGUUGCUGCACAAUAUGGACAUAGCAGAAUUGUUUGUAUGUUGAUUUGCGUAUAUGGUGUUCAAGUAAAUAAAAAGGAUAUUAAAGGAAAUACUGCUCUUCAUAAAAUAUUAUUGAAUUAUUCCAACACAGAAGGAAAGAAAAAUUCUACUAUCAAAAUUGUUCAGUUGUUAUUAAAACUUGGAGCUGAUUUAACUAUUAAGAAUAAGAAAGGUAUAUCUGUGGAAGAUCUUGUACAAAAAAAACUUAUAAAAAAUGAAAAAAUUGAAAAUCUCUUAAACAUAUGGAUAACAUUAAUAAUAAAAAAUAAGAAAAAACAUGAAGGACGUUAUAUUCCUAGGAAUAUCAUACCUGGAUUGCUUUCUAAUUGUUCCAUAGUUGUUGGAUUUCCAAAAGGUAUAAAUGGUAAUGUGCCAAAUGAAUGUGGCGUAAAAAUAAAUUCGUUUGUCGUAGGUGGAGAAGAAUUAGUGAAUGUAAGAUAUCAUAAAGAAAAACCAACAAAACAUACAUUUGAUAAUAAUUAUGAUAAUAAUUAUGAUAACAAUUAUGAUAAUAAUUAUGAUCAAGAUGGUGGUAAUAAUAUAUACAAUAAUGCACAUAGUAAUGUAUAUAAUAAUGGUGAUUAUAAAAAUAAUCUUAAUAAAGAUGAUCAUCCUUGUUAUAUCAAUUUUAAUUAUGAUAAAUUGAAUUAUAAUUAUAACAAAUGGAGAGUAAGGACCAAGGAAGAGGAAUAUUAUAGCUGUGAUAAUUCGUCUAGUAACUCUUCUAUAUCCAAAUUUGGUAACUUAGAAAAGAAAAUAAUAGAAGAUCAUGAAAAAUAUAAAUUCUCAAAAUAUGGAGGAUAUCCUAAUGGACUAUGUUAUAAAGGAGAAAAAAAUACUCAUUAUAACAAGGGUUUUGAAGGUAUGAACUCUUUAGAAUUUGAUGCCUUUUCUGGAUGUAAAAAUAUGUAUGAAGAUACAUAUGAUAAGGAAAAUGAAGAAAAAUUAUUGUACAACAAUAUUAAAGAUAAUGGUUUAAAAGAAAUAGAUCAAGAAAUAAAUCAUUCCAAUGAUAAUAUUAAAGCGUUCCUUAAGGAUGACGAUGAAAAGGAUGAUGAUGAGUAUCAAAAGCCAUAUGACAAGAAAGUAAUUAAUAAAAAUAAAAAUGAUAAUUAUGAUAAAAAUGAUAAUUAUGAUAAAAAAGAUAAUUAUGAUACAAAUGAUAAAAAUGAUAAAAAUAAUUGUGAUGAUAAUAUUAUCUUGUCUGGAGGAAAAAAAGAUAAAAGAAAUAAAAAAGUGAUGAAUACUAAUAGUAGUGGUAGGAGAACAAUAUCAAAAAAUUCACCUAACUUGUCAUCAGCAAAAAAUAUAAAAUGUAGUAAAACCUCAACCUAUAAUAGUGAAAAAUACAAUUCUAAUGAAAGAAAUAGCAAUUUAGAAAAUCAUGCCAUACCAAUAGAUCAUAAAGAUAGUGUCGAUGAAACAUUUGUAUUCAUUGAAAAACAAAAGAGGAAUAAUAAAAUAAACACCAACGAUUCAAUGACUUAUAAUCCUGUUACACAUGAAAAAGAAAACAUAUUAAAUUAUAUAUUAGUCCAUACAUAUAUUGAUGGAAAAUUGGGAAUAAGAUCUGCUUCUAACCAUGAUAUGGAAACAGAGCACGGAAUGGAUAAUAUAUUUGAAACGGAAAAUAAAAAAAAUAAAGCAUUGAAUAGUAACAUGAGCAACAAUAAUAAUAAUAAUAAUAAUAGUAACAAUAAUAACAAUAAUAAUAGCAACAAUAAUAACAAUAAUUAUAACAAUAAUUAUAACAAUAAUAAUAAUAAUUGUAUAUACCAAGAAUUUUAUAUGCUGAGAAAAGAUAAGAAGAAGAGGAAGCAUCUCAUACUUUCAAACCUUCAAAAUAACCUAUUCAAUUAUCACGAUUUGAAAUAUAGUUUAAUCGAAUUUAUAAAUAAAUCAGGAGUGUUCUCUGAUAUUAUUAAAGGUCAUAGUUAUUUAGAUUCAAAAAAGAAAAUACCCAAAUUUGAUGAGUUGAAAAAUUCAUUAAUAGAAGCUAAUAACGAAUUAGAUAUAAUUAAAGGAUUCAAAAAGUUCUUGGAAUUAUUUGAUUUCUUAUAUAUGGAUGAUAGAUUGAAAUACUUUCUAAAUAUUGAUUUAAGAAAAAAUUUGGAAAAUUCUCGUAAUAUAGUUGACCUUGGUUAUAUCCUUCUUAAAAUAGAUAGCUUUUGUUGUAUAUUCAAUAGUUUUAAAUUACAGUGGAAGGACAAUUCGCAUGAAGAAUGGAAGAAAAAAUUAUUAAAAGGAAUAGGUAUAUUAAAUGAAUUUUCAGAUAUUAAAUGGAUAACCGAUUCCUAUACUAUUUUUAAGUAUGAAGAAGAAAUUCUUGAAUCAGCAUCAUUUAUUGAUAAGAUAUUACAAAAUGGUAAUUAUAUGGUAUUCUAUAAUAAUUUAAUGAAUAUGAUUCAUGACAAGAAUAUACAUUUAAAAAAUGGAUUGUACGAUUCUCACAUAUUUAAUGACAUGCUUAAAAAUAUAAAUAUAGAACAUUUUAAUAGGGAUACAAUUCUGUAUGAUAUUUGUUCAAAACAAAAUAUCUUAAAAAAUUAUUUUAUCCAAGAAAGAAAUAAAAAGUAUGCUAUGAAUAAUCACGAUUCGAGGGUAAUAAAUGAGAAAUAUAAAAAUUAUAUGAAUGAAUAUUUUGUUAAUAAAAAAUUGAAAGGUCAUAGUAAUAAUAAGGACCUUUAUUUAUCCAUGAACGAUUCAGAGGAUGAAUUAAUUUAUAGUAAAGAAAAAAAAUAUAAAAAGCAUCAAACAUGUGAUAAAUACAUAUAUAAGUCUGAGAUGAAAGAAGAAAUGUAUAAUAAAUCGAACGAAUUAUAUAAUAAUAGUUUGAAUAAUUCAAAUAAUAUAAAUAAUCAUAGUGAGUUUUACAAUAAUGGAGUUAAUAGAAAAGGUGAUCAUACUUAUGCUAAUGAGAAGGAUCUCAGUAUGACAUCACUUGAUUGUAAAAACCAUAUGUAUGGAGAACCACAACCUAAGGAUAAGACAUAUAAAAAGGGGAUGUAUGAUGAAGAGAGAAAGCAAAGUAUGUUUAAUACUAGUGAAAAUACGGAACAACAUGAUUUAAUAAAUAAGGUGAGUGGUAAGGAAGAAGAUGUAAGAAAACCCAAACAAAGGAAUAUUCGAAGUAAGAGAUUAGAAGAUAUAAUAGAUAAAAUGUAUGAAGAUAAUGAUAUAAGUAAUAGAGAAAAUUCAAAAAAAAAUAUAGAUGGUUUGAAUAACAUUAGUGGUAAUGGAAGGAUCAAAUUUCCAUCUUAUAGUAAAAACCUUUUACGUUAUAGAAAUGGAAACUUUUUGCUCAAUUAUUCUAAUAACAUAUUUGAAAAAGGUAGAGAAGAUGAAUCAUUAAAUAGUCAUUCUCCUCGUGUUACCUCUAACUUAUUAGCGAGUUAUUCAAAUGAGAGGCAUGGAAUAAAAUUGGCAUUUAUGAAUUCAGGAGAACAAGGGAAAGUGAUGAAACAUACAUAUAAUGAUAAUGUGAGUAAUAAUGUGAGUAAUAAUAAUAAUAUUCAGGGAGAAUAUAAUCAUAAAGGAGAUGUGCCUCAUAAUAAAUUUAUAGAAAAAAACCAUUAUACCAAAAACGGAACUAAUAUACUGUCGUCAUUAAAUAAGCACAAUCAUUUGAAUACACAAGAAGAAAAUAAUAGUUUAGAAAAUAAUUAUAGUUGUGAAACCUUUUGCGAUGAAUAUGAUAGUGAAGAAAGCGAAUUCGAAUUAAUAUGUGAAGUUCAUUUUACUUCGAAACCUAACGAAGAGAUAAUGACAAGAGAGCAAUUUAAUAAAAUGUGGCCACAAACAUUAGAUAUGUAUAUACUUCAUAUAUAUGAUUUAAUAAGUAGUUAUAUGGAUUCUCCUGAAAAAAUAAGUUUAUUUAUUUAUCAUGCUUUUGAUAUGGAAAAGAUAAAGAAGAAAUUACCAAGUAAAAGUUCUCAAUUAUGGAAAAGAAUAAAUAUGUCCCUAGAUGAUUUUAUUGAAGAAAUAAAAAAUGUACACAAUUAUACUAUGAGAAUUAUUUACCAAAGUAAUUAUAAAAGAUAUGGUAUGUUACCUCCAAAUUUUAAGAAAUAUUUUACUUUAUCAGAAGAAUGUUUAAAAAAUAUAGCUAAAAAUAAAAUAAUUAUGAAUAUGGAUUAUUAUAAAAAUUAUAUUUAUGAAGAAAAUAAAAAGAUGUUUUUAAAAAUAAUACAAGAUCGUAUAUAUCUAUUGAAUAAAUUUAAUAUUUAUUUUGAAAACUGUUUACCAAUAACGAGUAUAUUAUUUAACAAACCAGUUAUUAAUUUAGAAGAACAAGGAUUAAGAACAUUAGAAUGUCCCUUGUGUUUUUUCAUGAGUAAUGAUUCGUAUUUUCCAUGGACAUAUAAAAAGAGAAAUACUCACUUAUUUCAAUAUAAUAAUAAUAAUAAUUUGUGCCUAGUUCAAAAAAUGAGGAGUGAAUUAUAUGACAAUAAUAAUCUUAUGUCCAAAAAUGUAUCCAUGCUAAGUUUAUAUAAUAAUACAAACUAUAGCAAUAAUGAUAAUAAUAGUAUAGUUGGACAAAGUAAUUACCCAAUAAAAGUUGAAGGGAAUCAUAUUAAUGAAAAUUAUAAAAAUUGUGCGGAGCAUAAUCAUUAUGAUUAUAGUCUCAAUAAAAAUUAUAGUAAUGAGAAAAGUAUAUAUGUAAAAAAUAGCAAACAAAUUGAUGAUAUAAAAAAGAUAAAAUCAGGAAAUGAAUACAUUAUUAUGGAUUCCAUACAAUCUUUAGAUAAAAAUAGUACUAUAGUUAAAAAGGGAUCAUUCUUUUUAAAUAACGGAAAAGGUUCCUAUAAUAGUUAUACGGAAAUAGAAGACAAAGAUUGGUUAUUAGGAAACGUGGAGAAUUUAAAUAAUCAUAAUAUAUAUCCUGAUAAUGAAAUAAAUUAUAAAAAUAAUAAUCAUGAAGAUAAUAAUUAUAAUUGUUAUCAGAAUCAUUUAUGUGGUAAUGAAAGCGAAGAGGAAAAUGAAAUAUUUGAUUGUGAAAAGUAUUGUAAAAAUAUGUACACUUCCAAUAAAAUGGUUUUGGCCAUGGGAUCUUCUGAUUUACCUAUACAGUUGUCUUCAUACCUAUUUAUUAAAAAGUUGUUAAAGCAUGACACAUGUUUAAAAUUAUGGAAAGAAUGUUUAAAAUAUAUUACAUCUUCUAGUUCUGAGAAAUCUAAUUUAACAUUAAGAAUAGAUAGAGGUAUGGCUGCUACAGCAAAACAUAUUGCUCACACCAUGUGGUAUCAAAGUACAUAUUCUUUAUUAAAUAUAGAUACAGAUAAAUUAAGAGGAAAACCAAGAGAUCGACCAUUUAUGGUAGUAUUUGUUGGAGAAGGAGCUACAGAUUUCGGUGGUCCUUUCCAUGAAUAUUUAUCUUCCAUAUCAAGAGAAGUAAUGGGGAAAUUAUCAGAUUCUCCAGACAAAAGCUUACCAGUUUUUCCUUUAUGUAUUCCUUGUCCUAAUUAUACUCAAGCAAUAGGUGCUAGACAAGAUACUGUAAUAAUUAACCCUCAAAGUACACCAUAUGUUGUUAAAGAAUGGGAUUAUAUUGGAGAGGUUGAUGUUAUCGAUAAUUUAGAAAGUUUCCGAUGGCAAAUAUUAAAUAUAUAUAAUUCAAUAAAGGACAUAAAAAAGAAACUACAGAAGACUGCAAAGGAUAGUUAUGAAGAUUAUAAGCAAAAGAUGGAAGAAAAUGGUUCUGAUGAUGGAUUAGAAAAUAUUAUGCCUGUAAAAGGCAAAUCAAAAACUAAAGGAAAAUACAAAAAGAAAAAUAAAAGUAAUAAAAUGAAUAUGGGAAGUGAUAAUAUACUUAAGGAUGGUGUACAUAAGGAUAAUAAUAAUCAAAAGGGCCAUAAAUAUGAUGAAAAAAACAUUUGUAAUGAUAAGAACAUUCAAGAAAUGACCUCGAAAGAGAAAAUGUACUUUUAUACGAGUAAAAAAUCAGUUACCUUUGAGAAGUUGGAGGAAAACGAAAAAAUGGAUUACCAAAUCGAAAAUAAAUAUGAUUAUCCAUUUGUUUGUGAUGCUUGUGAAUACGAUAGUGACAUAUAUGAAAUAAUAAACAAUGCUUCAUUAAAAUCAAGGAAAUUGUUUAUGAACAAAAUAUGGAAAAAGAAAAAAUGUUUGGAUGAUGAGGGUGACAAAAAUGUAUUACUAAGGGAUCCUCACGAAAAUGAAAAUAUGCGUGAUGAUAUAAGAAACAACAUGAACAAUAAUAAUAAUAAUAAUAACAACAAUAAUAAUAAUAACAAUAAUAAUAACAACAAUAAUAAUAACAACAACAACAAUAAUAAUAAUAAUAAUAAUAAUAAUAACCUUAACAGUAUUGGAGGUAGUAAAAAUACAAUGACGGAUGGAAAGAAGAAAAACAAAUUUAUUAUAGAUUAUGAUGAAAAGACUAUAAAAGCCAUGGAAUUAGCCAUGUAUGAAUCUUUAGGUAGAGUAAUGGGUAUGUGUGUAUGUAUAGCAUCCGCAUUAAACAUAUGCUUCAAUCCUAUUAUAUGGAAAAAGAUUUGUGGUGUACCUCUGGAGCUACAAGAUUUGGCUGACUAUGAUUUUGUUGCUGUAGAAAUGUUGAAAACAUUGAAAAUGCUAAAUUCAGAAAAGAGUAAUGAAUGGAAUAUGGAACUGAAACAAUCAUUAGGUGAUAUGACAUUUAUAACAGAAGAUUCAGGAGGAAAUUCAAUUGAGUUAAUAAAAAACGGAAUGAAUAUACCUAUAAAUUUUGAUAAUUUAGGUUUAUUUAUAAGAUUAAUGACCAAAUGUAAAAUGAAUGAAUCGUCUAAAGGAAUACGACACUUAUUAAAAGGAUUCAGUUCUGUUAUACCUCUAGGUAGAUUAAGAUUAUUAUAUGACUUUAAAGAUGUGGAGCAUAUGGUUUGUGGAGAAAGAGAAAUUAAUAUAGAGGUCUUAAAAGCCCAUACAUGGUCUAAUGACCUUAACAUAAAAGAUAAACUUUUUACCGUUUUAGAAGAGUUCACAAACGAACAAUUACAAUCAUUUCUUCGAUUCGUUUCAGGUAGAUCCAGGUUACCAACAACCAAAAAUGAUUGGUACAUGAUAAUAGAUGUAGAAAAUCCAAAUAAAAAUAUUAGCCAAAUAGAUCAGAGGUUACCUACAGCUGUAACAUGUGGUUUCCGUUUAUUAUUACCACAAUAUUCUUCAUUAGAUAUUUUAAAAGAGAGGUUAUUAUAUGCAAUAAAAAAUUGUACAGCCAUUGAUUUGGAUGCAUAUGUGGUUCACGAUCAAAUGCAGCUCAUGUACGGGGAGUAA